AUGUCAGAAGACACAAUUAUGCCUAUAAACUGUCAGAAAAUUAAAAUUGAACCAUCAGAGUAUUCAGAAGACAUUAAAUGCGAAAUUGAGGAUCAAGUUGAUGUUCUUGAUGAUAAUGUUAAAUCUGAGAAAGAUGAAAUGUGUUUAGAAAGAUUCAUGAAUUCUGAAGUGACAAUAGAAGAAAUCAAACAGGAGCCAAUCGAUACACCACGUUGUGUAUGUGACAUUUGUAAUCAAUCAUUUGCAGAAUCUGAUCAAUUAAAAGAGCAUAUGGUCGUUCACAUGCCUAGUCAAAGCAAAGAACGUCCUUUCGAAUGCGAAAUCUGUCAUAAAACUUUCAAAGUAUCAAAAGGGUUGAAAUUACAUAUGAAUAGUCACACGUUGAUGCACAAAGGAGAACGCCCCCAUGAAUGCAAUAUUUGUAAUAAAUCAUUCAUACGAUUAGGUCAUCUGAAAAGUCACAUGCUUAUUCAUAGUGGUGUGCGCCCCUAUGAAUGCACCAUAUGCAAUAAAUCAUUCACACAAUUAGGUCAUCUGAGGGUUCACAUGGUUAUUCAUAGUGGAGAACGACCCCAUGAAUGCAAUAUAUGCAAUAAGACAUUCGCACAUUCAGGUAAUCUGAAAAAUCACAUGGUCAUUCACAGUGGCGAGCGUCCACACGAAUGCACUAUAUGCAAUAAGACAUUCACAGAACUAGGUAGUCUGAAACGUCACUUGCUCAUUCACAGUGGAAUACGCCGUCAUGAAUGUGAUGUAUGCAAUAAGACUUUUACAGAAUCUGGUAGUCUGAAACGUCACAUGUUCAUUCACAGUGGAGAACGACCUUACCAUGAAUGCAGCAUAUGCAAUAAGACAUUCACACAAUUAAGUUUUCUCAAAAAACACUUGCUGAAACAUAACAGAGAGCAUACUUAUAAAUGUGAAAUUUGCAAUAAGGAAUUUAUUCAAUCAAAGGAUUUGAAGAAACACAUGGCACUUCAUAGUCUGAAGCAUGAUGAAGAUAAAUAA